GUUUGCCUGCCGUGAAGAGGAAAAGAACAGCGAAGCUUUAAAACGAAACCGCAACAUCCCCCAACGAGAAGGUAGUGCAUCAUGGGUGUGGAUUUGACCGGUGUCUCCAAAAAGAAGCGGGUGAUCCGCAAUCACACCUACUCGAACAACCCUUACAUUAAGCUUCUCCUUAAGCUCUACAAGUUCUUAGCCAAGCGCACGAACUCCGGGUUUAACAAACUCGUCUACCAGCGCCUUUUGAAAAGCCGGAGCAACCGCGCGCCGGUCUCGGUGAGCCGCAUUGCCGUCGUUAUGAAGCGGAAAUGCAAUUUUCUCGAGAAGAGCAAGAAGGCCCCGAUUGCGGUUGUUGUUGGUGAUAUUCUCGACGAUGUCCGCAUGGCGCGCAUCCCGGCCCUCCGCGUAUGCGCGCUGCGCUUCUCGAAGAACGCCCGGCAGAGCAUCACGGCAGCCGGCGGGGAGUGUUUGACCUUUGAUCAACUGGCCAUGAUCGCACCCACGGGGAAGAAUACGUUUCUCCUGCGCGGACGGAAAACGGGCCGGGAGUCGUACCGCCACUUCGGCGCUGCCGGCGUUCCGGGAAGCCACGCCAAGCCGCAUUGCACUAACCGCGGGAAGGAAACAAAGCGUGGCCGCCGUCCGGGCUGCUCUUACAAGCGCAAGGCGUUCCAUCAUGUUUGAGCAGGAUGGACGCAAGUAGAAGAAUACAGAGAGCGAGCAAGGUUAAGUUUGAGAAUACGGAAUGGUGGCAAAAUCUUGUUUAUUUGAUAAAUAUAUAUUUUGAAAAAUAAAAUAAAA